AUGAGCCGCCGGCACCAGCCUGUACCCACCAUCCUGGCUCCUCCAAGCCAGGUCCGCAGCCUGCGUGCACCGGAGGAACACGACCUGCCUCUGCUGCCCUCCAGUGAUGCGGAGUGGAGGCUGGACAGGCGGGGCAGGAAGGCCCCCCUGAGCCCCCGCCACCCCCCCAGUGUGGGUGCACACGGACAAAACCUCGCGGGCGUCCUUCGGGCCUUAGGAUGUGGCUAUCACCGCCGCCCCGGCCUGGCGUCCAACACUGCACCUGCGCACCCCACCCAGGCCCAGCUCAACCCCUCGGCCCAAUCCCACCCGGAGAUGCAAGCCCAGCCCACUGGCCCACCCCAUCCGCAGCCCUGCAUCCCCGUCCCCCUGCAGGGCCCCCCGCUAGAUCUUGGUCCCGCCCCUACGUUGGCACCAUCAAUACCCUCCCAGCCCCGCCUUCUACCUGGCCCCGCCCCAAAGUCCGGCCCCGCCCUGGCCCUGGCCCCGCCCCCACCCCGGCGCUGGGCCCCGCCUUCUCCCCUGGCCCCGCCCCCGCGCCGCCCGUUCCCGGCCGGUUGGCGCGCGGGUAACAGCCCCACCGCCUCCGCAGCCCCGGACGCCGGCGGCCCGCCCCAGGCAGCCCGGCCCCGCCCGCCUCGGCCCGCGCAGGUGAGCGGCGGACGCUCCCAGGGCCGUGCGUCCUCUAUGGAGACGGCCGGGCUGAGGGCAGGGCGGUUUCCGGCUAACGGGGCCUUCCGGCUAGCUGUGCACGUGUGUUUCUGCCCCCCGGAUAAACCUGGGAUCGAUUCCGGCCACCUGGGCAUCCCCCGCAUCCCCGGUCGGAGCACCUGAGCUGGCCCUGAGCCAGGCCCUGCCCCCCCAGGCCCUGGGGACACUGAUGAUUCAGACGCCAGCGGGCCCUACAGGGAAAGUAGAGGAGAGAAGGUGGUCAGAGCUGGGAUGGGGGACACUGAAGGUGGAGAGGAAGCCCCGAGGAGGCGUGACACCCAGCCUGGACGGGCUGGGCUGUACGAACUGAGGCCAGAACGCUCUACUCCCAUGGGCAGUGUUACCUAUGGAGAAGGUCUUGAAGAUGACAGGAACUCAGCGCUCACCUGGGAGGUAAGGGCCAACAACCGGGCCUACCACGCGCAGGUGGAGAAGGUGUUUCUGUGCUGGCGGAGGAGGAAGUACAAGACCAACGUCAUCCACACGGCCAAGUACAACGUCUUCUCCUUCCUGCCACUGAACCUGUACGAGCAGUUCCAUCGCGUGUCCAACCUGUACUUCCUCCUCGUCAUCAUCCUGCAGAGCAUCCCUGAGGUCUCCACGCUGCCCUGGGUCACGCUGUUCGCCCCACUGCUCUGCCUCGUCCUCAUCCGUGCCACCCGUGACCUGGUGGAUGACAUUGGGCGACACAGGAGCGACAAAGCCAUCAACAACAGACCCUGCCAGGUCCUGAUGGGGAAGAGCUUCACGCAGAAAAAGUGGAAGAAUCUGCACGUGGGAGACGUGGUCCGCCUCAGGAGGGACAGCAUUGUCCCGGCUGACCUGCUGCUGCUAGCCAGCACGGAGCCCAGCAGCUUGUGCUAUGUGGAGACGGCUGACAUCGAUGGGGAGACCAACUUGAAGUUCAGACAGGCCCUGAUGGUCACCCACCACCAACUGACCAGCGCCCGGAGGAUGGCGUCCUUCCAAGGCACAGUGCUGUGUGAGAAGCCCAACAGCCGGAUGCACCACUUUGUGGGGUGCCUGGAAUGGAAUCAUGAGAAAUACCCUCUGGACAUUGGCAACCUCCUCCUCCGUGGCUGCAAGAUCCGCAACACGGACACCUGCUACGGACUGGUCAUCUAUGCUGGUUUUGACACAAAGAUCAUGAAGAACUGUGGGAAGAUCCAUCAGAAGAGAACCAAGAUGGACCUUCUGAUGAACAGGCUGGUGAUCCUGAUGUUCCUGUCCCUGGUGAUCAUCUCCUUGGCAUUGACCUUGGGCUUCAGUUUCAAGGUCAGGGAAUUCAGAGAGAAGCAUUACUACAUCCCGGCCCAGCAUGGGCGCGACGUGGCCGUGGAAUCCUUCCUCGUCUUCUGCAGCUUUGUCCUCCUGCUCAGCGUGAUGCUCCCCAUCGCCAUGUUCAUCAUAGCCGAGUUCAUCCACCUGGGGAACAGCGUCUUCAUCAACUGGGACCUGCGGAUGUACCACGAGCCACAGGACGUGCCCGCCGAGGCCCGCAGCACCAGCCUCAGCGACCAGCUGGGCCGGGUGGAGUAUGUCUUCUCUGACAAGACGGGCACGCUCACCCAGAACGUCCUGCGCUUCAGGAAGUGCUGCAUCAAUGGCAGAGUCUACGGUCCAGACCGGCCUGUCCCCCACCACCCCCAGGAGAACCCCUACCUUUGGAACAAACUCGCCGAUGGCAAGUUGCGCUUCCACAACGAGGACCUCCUGCAUGUGGUGCGGCACAACAGGGACAGGGUCGUGCGCGAGUUCUGGCGCCUGCUGGCCAUCUGCCAUACGGUGAUGGCGCAUGAAGAGAAAGGUAGCAAGCGCCCCCAGCUCUUAUAUCAGGCGGCUUCCCCGGAUGAGGAGGCACUGGUCACAGCGGCCCGGAACUUUGGCUACGUGUUCCUGUCACGCACCCAGGACACCAUCACACUGAUGGAGCUGGGGGUGGAGCGGGUCUACCAGGUCCUGGCCAUGAUGGACUUCAACAGCGUGCGCAAGCGGAUGUCAGUGCUGGUCCGAAACCCGGAGGGCUUCGUCUGCCUCUACACCAAGGGUGCCGACACAGUCAUCUUGGAACGUUUGCACAAGAAAUAUGGAGUGGAGGUUACCACGGAGGAGGCCUUGGCAGCCUUUGCACAGGAGACGCUGCGGACGCUGUGCCUGGCCUACAAGGAGGUGGACGAGGACGUGUACCAGGAGUGGCGCCAGCGGCACCAGGAGGCUUCCAUCCUGCUGCAGAAUCGGGCACAGGCCCUGCACCAGCUGCUGGGAGUCACAGCCAUCGAGGACAGACUCCAGGACGGGGUCCCCGACACCAUCAAGUGUCUCAAGAAGGGGAAUAUCAAAGUGUGGGUGCUCACGGGGGACAAGCAGGAGACGGCGGUGAACAUCGGCUUUGCCUGCGAGCUGCUGUCGGAGAACAUGCUCAUUCUGGAGGAGAAGGAGAUAGUCCGGAUCCUGGAGGCCUACUGGGAGGGCAAGAACGACCUGCUGACCAGAAAGGGCUGCCUGAAGUUCAUGCCGCACACCAAGUUGGCCAUGGUCAUUAACGGGGACUUCCUGGACCAGCUGCUGCUGACCUUGCGCAACGAGCCGCGGGCCCUGGUCCACAACGUGAACGUGGAGGAGUCCCGACAGGAGCCCGGUCACAGCAGGAGGGACUUCCUUCAGGCCAGACGCAUUUCCCUGAUGUGGAGGAACUUCGGGGCCCAGUUGGGCCCGACGCAGCCCAAGACCUCCAAGACCCACGAGAGCCCUGAGGUGCGGCGGGAGCGGGCCUUUGUAGACCUGGCCUCCAGGUGCCAGGCUGUCAUCUGCUGCCGGGUGACACCCAAGCAGAAGGCCUUGGUUGUGGCGCUGGUCAGGAAAUACCAGCAAGUGGUGACCCUAGCCGUCGGGGACGGUGCCAACGACGUCAACAUGAUCAAGACUGCAGACAUCGGCGUGGGGCUGACGGGGCAGGAGGGCACGCAGGCAGCGCAGAACAGCGACUACACGCUGGCACAGUUCUGCUUCCUGCAGCGGCUGCUGCUGGUGCACGGCCGCUGGUCCUACAUGCGGGUCUGCAAGUUCCUGCGCUACUUCAUCUACAAGACGCUGGCCAGCAUGCUGGCCCAGAUCUGGUUUGCUUUCUACAGUGGUUUCAGUGCCCAGCCCCUGUACGAAGGCUGGUUCCUGGCGCUCUUCAACCUGCUGUACUCCACCCUCCCGGUUCUCUACAUCGGGCUCUUCGAGCAGGACGUGAGCGCCACACAGAGUCUGGAGAUGCCAGAGCUGUACAUGGCUGGGCAGAAAGACGAGCUCUUCAACUACUGGGUCUUCCUCCAAGCCAUUGCCCACGGCACGGUCACCUCCUUGGUCAACUUCUUCGUGCCACUGUGGGUCAGCUACGACACGGCGGGGCCUUCCACCUUCAGCGACUACCAGUCCUUUGCGGUGGUCGUGGGCCUGUCGGGGCUGCUGUCCGUCACCAUGGAGGUCAUCCUGGUCAUCAAGUACUGGACUGUCCUGUGUGGGGUGACCAUCCUCUUCAGUUGCUGUGCCUAUUUCGUCAUGAGUUUUGCCUCCCAGAGUUACUUGUUCUACAAAAUCUCCCCCCAGAACUUCCCGUUUCUGUAUGCUGACCGCAACGUACUGUCCCACCCCUCCAUCCUGCUGGUGGUCCUGUUGAACGUGUCUCUGAACACCUUGCCCACGCUGGCCGUCCGCAUCGUCCACCGGGCCCUCAAGAAGCCACGCCCCAAGGAGGAAGAGGAGGCCCCGGGUGAGGAAAUGGCGGCGGAGCCUGUGCCUCACUUCCACCGGGAGUCACGCCGCCGGCGCUCCAGCUACGCCUUCUCCCACCACGAGGGCUACGCGCACCUCAUCACUCAGGGCACCAUCCUGCGAAAGUCCCCAGAGACCAAUGAUGACGAUGCGGUGUCUGAUGCCCCAGUCCCAUCUGACGGAGAGCUCCCCUCCAGCCGGAAGGCCUCACUCUGGCUCCCCAGGAGCCUGUCGUUGGGGGGGAAGAAGAGGCGCCAGCACCGGGCCAAGGGGUCCUCUGAGGAGGCGCAGCCCCCCGCCACGGGGGCCUCCGUCAUGUCUGUGUGCGGGCCAUCCACUCCUUAUUUAGGAAACCAAACCGCGGUCACCAAUAAGUUGCCCACCAGCUUGAGUAGUCUAUAUGAGUCUUUCCAGGAGGAGUCACCCGUGACACUGGAGAGGCCACCCUCGUCUGAACAGAGGCCACCUUCUCCUGAGAGGCUGCUGUCCACCAAGGAGAGGUCCCCUUCUCUCCAGGAGAUUCCACCAUCGUCCACAGAAAGCCAAGCAUCGUCUUCCGAGAGCCAUCCAUAA